CAGCGGGCGGGUCAGGGCUGCAGGCCGCCGCGGCCGCCCCCGCUCCCGGGGCCGACGCUGCCCUGCCUGCCCCCCGCCGCCCCUCCCUUCGGCCGCUCGGGGCGACCCCGGGUGCUUCCCCGCGACCCCUCCGCCCCGGGUCCCUCCCCGGGCGCCCCCCAGACCCCGUCCCCGCCCCGCCGCCCCGGGCCCCUCCCCGAGCAAGGCCCCCGCCCCGCAUCCCCGCCGCCCGGAGCGGCCCGGGCGGGUGGCCGUGGCCGGCGCGAGGCCCCUCCCCGGCGGAGGCGCUCGGCGCGGAGGAAGCGGAGGCGGCGGCAGCGCGGAGACCUCGCCGCGCUGAUGGCGUCGCCGGGGGUAGAAGUGGAAUUACUGGUCAAAGGACGUGCAGAUUUGGGAGAAGUGGCCCCAGAAAUAAAAGCAUCUGAGAGACAAACAGCGGUGGCCAUUGCAGAUUUGGAAUGGAGAGACAUGGACGCAGACGACUAUGGUGCAAAUGAGGCUCAGGACAGUGACUUCCCAGCAGUGGAGAGGAGCAGGCUGCGGGAGAUGCUGUCGCUUCUGGGCCUGGACACCUACCAGGCCCACAAGCUCAGCCUCCAGGACUUCCUGCAGAUCAGCAGCGACAGCAUGAAGAACCGGGCCCCUCAGGCCCCCAGGGACUUACCCUGGAAUUUCCUCAGGAAGCUGCAGGCUCUCAGCUCCGAAGCCCGAAGCACCACCAUGGUGCUGGACGCGCCCCCGGAUGCCAGGCCCGCAGAGAAGGAGAGCCAGAUGGAGGAGGAGAUCAUCUACUGGGACGCGGCCGACGACCUCGCCGCAGACAUCUACUCCUUCUCUGAGCUGCCAACGCCCGACACGCCCGUGAACCCCUUGGACCUUCUCUGUGCCCUUCUGCUGUCCUCGGACAGUUUCCUGCAACAAGAAAUCGUGCACAAGAUGUCCCUCUGCCAGUUUGCCCUCCCCCUUGUCCUGCCUGACUCGGAGAACCACUACCACACGUUUCUGCUGUGGGCCCUGAGGGGUGUCGUGCGGACAUGGUGGGCGCAGCCCCCACGGGGGGUGGGCAGCCUCCGUGAAGACAGCGCGGUCCUGUCGCGGGCGCCCGCCGUCGCCUUCGUGCGCAUGGAGGUCAGCAGCAACUCCAAGUCCCAGCUCCUCAACGCCGUGCUGGGCCCGGGCCACAGGCCGCGGGACUGCUUUUGGCACCGCGAUCUGAACGUGGGCACCAACCCUCGGGAGAUCGCAGACGGGCUGGUGGAGGUCUCCUGGUUUCUUCCCAGUGGCCGGGAGGACCUGGACGUUUUCCCGGAGCCUGUGGCCUUCCUGAACCUGCGGGGCGACAUCGGGUCUCACUGGCUGCAGUUCAAGCUGUUGACCGAAGUGUCCUCCGCCGUGUUCAUCUUGACGGACAACAUCAGCAAGAAGGAGUACAAGCUGCUGUACUCCAUGAAGGGGUCGGCCACGAAGUACUACUUCAUCCUGAGCCCGUACCGCGGGAAGCGCAACGCCAACCUGCGGUUCCUCAACAGGCUCAUCCCGGUGCUCAGGAUGGACCACUCGCACGUGCUGGUGAAGGUCAGCAGCACCGAUGGUGCGGGCUUCGUGCGCAGGGUGCGCGCCAUCGUGGCUCACGUGGCGCGGGCCCCCUGCCGGAGGCUGUCCGUGGAGGAGAUGGCCCACGCGGCGCGCAAGCUGGGCCUGCGCGUGGACGAGGACUGCGAGGAGUGCCAGCGGGCGCGGGGCCGGGCAGAGCGCAUCACCCGGAGGGUCAAGGACGCGGACGCCUACCGCAGGGAGGAGCUGCGGCUGCAGGGCGACGCCUGGAGGAAGGCAGCCCAGGUGGAGAAGGAGCUGUGCCGGGCCCAGUGGGCCGGGGACCCCCCGGACAAGGAGCUGAGGCAGCGGCUGCUGGAGCUGCGGGCGCAGCAGCUCGGCCACGAGCCUGCCGGGGGCCUGCAGGAGUUCAUCUCUGGCAUCAGCGGCCCGGCCCCGGGUGAGAAGCUGUACUUCCUGAGGUGGAUGGAGUGGGGGCUGGCCCGGGUGGCCCCGCCGAGGCCGAGGCAGCCUCCGGAGACCAUCCUCGCGCUGAGACCGAAGCACUGUGGGGCCACGGAGUCCAGCGAGCCCCUGGGCGUGGAGCACUUCCUGCGGGAGAUGGGGCAGUUUUAUGAGGCGGAGAGCUGCCUGGUGGAGGCAGGGAAGCUGCCGGCCGCGCAGAGGCGCUUCGCCCACUUCCCGGGCUUGGCCUCGGAGCUGCUGCUGAAGGGGCUGCCUGUGGAGCUGAUCGAUGGGAGCGCACGGAGCACCCCACUGCGCUGGGUCUCGGGGCUCCUCCGGGAGCUGCACGCGCGCCUGGAGCGGAGGCCGCGGCUCGUGGUCCUGUCGGCGCUGGGCCUGCCGGGCACGGGCAAGUCCACACUGCUCAACACCAUGUUCGGGCUGCGCUUUGCCACGGGGCGGGGCCGGGGGCCUCGAGGGGCCUUCAUGCAGCUCGUCUCGGUGGCGGAAAGCUUCAGCCAGGACCUGGGCUGCGACCACAUCCUGGUGAUAGACUCCGGGGGCCUGAUCGGUGGGGCCCUGGCCUCGGCCGGGGAGCGGUUCGAGCAGGAGGCCUCCCUGGCCACGCAGCUCCUGGGGCUGAGCAACGUCACCGUGGUCAGCUUAGCCGAGACCAGGGACAUACCGCCGGCCAUUGUGCACGCGUUUCUGAGGUUGGAGAAGACGGGGCGCGUGCCCAACUGUCAGUUUGUGUGCCAGAACCUUCAUGACGCGUGUGCCCCCGGGCCCAGGCCGCGAGAGAGGAGGCUGCUCCUGGAUCCGCCCGGUGAGGCGGACAGGGCCGGGGCGCACACGGAGAGACCGGGUGGCGGCAUGCGGACGCUGGCAGGCCUGGCCUUCUGUGACCCCGGAAAGCAGCAUAUUUGGCACAUCCCGGGCCUGUGGCAUGGGGUACCUCCCAUGGCCGCGGUGAGCCUGGCGUACAGUGAGGCCAUUUUUGAGUUAAAGCGAUGCCUUCUGGAGAACAUCCGGAACGGCCUGUCCAACCCCAACAAAAACAUCCAGCAGCUCAUUGAGCUUGUCAGGCGGCUCUGAGUGUCUGGGGGUGGCCCGUUCCAGGGCCGGUGUCCUCACGGGGCCGUGCCUGGAGCCUGAGCGGGGCUGGCGGCCCACCUGUGCGAAAAGGGAGAGAAGCAGAAGCUGGGGGCCUGGAGUUUCCUACACGGUGUAGAGGAAGGAGGUGACCUCACAGCCCAGGUCGGAGGUGCUCUCAGGAGCAGAGUGGCCCUUGGCGGGGGCGCGACGCAGCAGUGCUCUGUGUCCGGGCUCCCUCUCUGUGCCCCUGGAGCGCAGCCGAGACGCUGUCCCAAGGAAGCGGGGGCAGGCCUUUGGUGACUCCGUCCUGCCAGUUCGACUGCCCUGUCCCCCAGGGCCGUCUGUUUACACCUCCACCACACUCAGCCCAGCGCAUCCCUCCUGCCCAGCUCCCGAGUCUGCCCCUCCCCAGGCUGUGAGCUCCUUGAGGGGAGGGCUGUGUGUGACCCCACUCUGUCCCCCAGGGCCUGGCAAGGGGCCUGGCACACUGUAGGCACUUAAUAAAUAUUUGUUAAAAGAAUGGAAUGAAUGAAUGUGUAAAUGAUGGUGACGGGCAGGUUCCUCUCUCUGUUGAUUUUCCUGUUUCCUCCAAGAGGAUCACAGCGUCCGAGGACGGGUGCGGGACGGAAGGUUGGGAAUGGCAGACGCCUGAGGCAAGGGUCUCACAAAUGCCCCCCCCUCCCCCCCCCCCACGACUUCAAGCAGAGCCCCGCCCUGCAGGUGUUCCCGGGAGCGGGACUCGGCGCCUUCACAGUAAUGCCGGGCAAGGCCUUGGCCAUCCCACCUUGCAGAUGAGAAGGGAGGCCUAGAGCAGUGAAGCCCCCGCCCAUAUGCCUCUGGGGGUCGGGGGGCUGAUGGGCAGGCUUGCCUUUGUCUGGCCCGUGGCUCACCCCCAGACCCCUACAACUGCCAGGCCAGACCCAGCUGACCCGUGGCGUGUCCUUCAGGGCCAGGCUCUCUUCCUGAUGGCGUCUGUGGCCUCUGGCCACGUACGAGCUCCUCCGUGGAUGCUGUGACUGAAUCCUGGCCUGUGCUGGCCUCACAGAGCCUGGGGGGCACCCCGCGGUCCCUGGAGCCCAACCCCAACUCUGCAAGUUCUGGAAACCUGGGGGCUCCUUCCGUCUGUAUGUUGUGGCUUUGGGGAAACCGGCCCUCCGUGGUGACCAGGACCCUCUCCGUGGUCCUUUUCCCCUCUUUGCCGGACUCGGUGAGGCAGCCCUCUGGAUGGGAACCCUUUCUUGAGCCAUGAGCCCCUGGGCCGCUUUCCUGGAGCCCCGGGUCGCCACAGCUGCUUCUCCCCUGAUGUUCAGAGUGUAGUUCCUGAGUCCUGGGAGCCUGGCUCAGGACGGACAAGAUGCAUGCUGAACGCAGUACUGCGGGGCUCAGAAAACCUGAUCUCCCGCGGAUGAAGCUGGGAAAACCUUCUUCCUUCUGAGACACAGAAGGAAUCUCUAACCCUUGGGCACUAGAAACUCCUCUCUUUGGGAUCAUUAAGUCACACAGAUUUUAAGAUGUUGGUUCACCUGGAAAUGCCAAAGCCUCUCCUGCCUUCCCCCCCUUCCCGCAGAGCCGGGGCUACCCAGUUGCUUCUCCAGCACCGUGGGAACAUCGCCCGGGACACUCAUGGGCCCAGGGUUCAGGGAAAGCUCCCUUAUGCUCGUUGAAUGUCAAUUCCCUUACAAACUGAUGCAAGCUCUUCUCGAACCUGAACCAGGCAAGUCAUCCCUAGUGGCUCUGUCCGUCACCUGGAGACGAGGGUCAAUCACCGAACUCCAGAGAAUUAUGUGUGGCCUCUUCCCUCCCUCUGUGGAAAAAGUCUGAUGCUUUCAAAAGGACACAGGACCCAGACAAGACUAAUUGCCUCACAAUCAGGAAAAUCACUGUAUGCGAAGUUGCAUCCAGUAUUUGCUGAAAGUGUUUAAACUUUUGGAAACAGACCCAUCUAAAGACUGGGCGUAACAGAAUCUGGCCACAAGGGUGCCCGGGCAGUACCCCGGUGGCGGUGGGGGACUCACCGUCUGACCAAGUGGGAGCAGACCACCGCCGCUCGGGUGCAGGGACUGGAGAGGCUGCCCUGGGGCCUUGGAGAGCAUCCGUCGCGGCGUUCCCCUCACCCUGUUUUAGGCGAUGGUCAGUCCCAGGAGGGCUCCUUCAGACCCCGAAGUCAGCGUUGCUCUGUGAUUCCAAUUUCCAGAAACCCGGGUCUUGCCUGGGGCAGACCCUGGGGUUCCAAACGCUCAGCAUGAGUUUGCCCUGCCCGGUCCCCUCCCCACGGCCUGAGGGCCCUGCCUUGGGCCUGAAGACCUCAGGGGGUUGAUGAUGCUUUGUGGGGGCACUGAAGGAAGAGGCCCAGGCCACCGAUAGUGGAGCUGACCCGGGCGUGGACCUGCUGAAAGUCCCCCUUCUUCCUGUGCCUCAGCAGAAGGAGAGCAGGGGUGGGGGAAUGCGGGAAUGGCACCCCUCUGGCUGCCUGUGCAAAAACGAGGAAUAAUUCAAGACUCAGUUCUAACUGGACUUCCUUGGUGGUUUGGCUUAGUUCCCUGAAUAGAGCUGAGAGCCUCUGGGAUCCUUUGGUGAAUGGCUGUGGUCAUCAGGAGAGAAUGAAUCACCAGGAGUACGAAGCACCAGAUUUAGCAGAGGUUCACGAAAUGCAAAAUGUCAGCAGUUCUGAGUUAGGAGAAUAAGGUUGUUUUGGCUAAUCCUGCUUCCAACAGGAAGGCAGCCGUCUCUGGCUAAGGGAUCCCUCCCUGAGGCUAGAUUCUGGUGAGUUCCAAGGAAAUACAGCACAGUCCAGGCUGGACUGCUUUCCGCACGUUCGGCUGGGCCCACAGUGUCCGUCUCACAUAGGGUCGCACCCGCAGCCUGGCCAGCACUCCUUCAUCCGAGACCGGUGCGCCCUGGAGCCGUGCUGGAACCUACUGGACUGUCUCCGAGAAGUCCAGACGAGCCCAGACGCGCCCGCGGGCCCCUCCUGUGCCUUGUGACCCAAGAGCAGCAGGACUGGACUAAGGCCAGGCCUCUUGGAGGUGGAGCUGCCGCAGUCUUGUAGGACCGGUGGUAGAAAAGAGGUGUGAGGAGCAGCCAACAGCCCUCUCCCCGAGAAGGAUCGCUACAAGUCAGGUUCUGGGAGUUGCCCACGUAAACCCGUCAGUCCCGUCCUUGCGAUGGGGGGCCGUCUGACUCUAAAUGAGCAGAAGCCAGCAUCGUGCAAGCAUGAAGGCGACUCCAGCUCUUCCUGGUUAUCAUGGAGAGCAAAGAGGCUCACGUCAGUGAAGAAACAGGUGUGCAUCCUCAUCUUCCCAUGGUUCUGGCUUGGGAACCCCUGUGGGCCCUUCCUGUGGGUCUCUUGUUCCAACCCGUGGUCGCUCCGUUUCUGGGAAUUCCCCAGAGCCAGUCCUGAGCUUUUUGUAUCCACCUCCGGAAGCCCAGGCCAUUCCCCCGUCCCACAAGGUUCUAAGUGCUCACCCCGAGACACAGGGAGAAGGGGGACCCCAGAGGGGGUCCCCAGACAAGGAACAUGCUUUGGAACAAGGAGGCUUGCUACCACUGGCUAGUUCUGUGACCCCAGGUGACUUGCUGAGCCUCCAUUUUUUGUUCUGCAAAACUGCCUCCUUUACAGAGUUGAGGGAAGAAGCAAAGCACAUCAAACACUACAGGGCUGCCUGGGGGCUCAGUCGGUGAAGCGUCUGCCCUGGGCUCAGGUCCUGAUCUCAGGGUCCUGGGAUGGAGCCCCGAAUCCAGGUUCCCUGCUCAGCAGGGAGCCUGCUUCUCCCUCUGCCUCUGCUGCUCCCCCUGUUCUUGCUUUCUCUGUCUCCCUCUCUGACCAAACAAAACCAUUAGCAAAUGGAAAUGACAGAAAAAUGAAACAUCCCAUUAAACCGUUUCCACUGUGAUUUAAAACAAUCUAACAAUCCAUACUAAUGUUUAAGAAACGAUUUUUCCUUUAUUUUAAUCACUGCAAACACACUUACAUGCAACCUCCGCCCCCCCACCCCACCACAAAGGCACCAGCUGGAACCCCCUUUGCAACAAGGCACGGCAGAAAGAGAGUUAGGUUAGCAGGCUGUUAGCCACUCGAAAGACCUAGGGCUGUCUGGAUUUCCCUGGAGACACCUCAGACCUAAGGGAGAGAGACAGGAAUGAAGACAAACCCAAAUCUGCUGGUGUCAUUUUCGGACGCAUUGAGGGUAGGUCUGCUGGCGAGACCACGCCUCCUGGGACUCCAACAGAAGUCAAGAGUCACCUUUGCUGGAACGAGAGGUUCUUCCUUCCUCUCGUGAGGGGUCCUGUGAGUUCUUAUAUCUCUCCAACAGGAGGUGCAUGUCAGGCGUGACAGGCAGGUUUUUUUAGUUUUGUUUUUUUAAACUCUAAACCCAACUUGGGACUCAAGCUCACCACCCUGAGAUCAAGAGUCUGACUGAGCAGCCGGGCGCCCCUGGCUUUAUUCUUUUUUAAAGACACAUUUAUUAGCUGCUCACUCUGCUCUUGAGUUUUACAAUGUAAUUUUCACAACAACUGUCAUUGUUCCCAUUUUACAGAUUAGAAAAACUGAAGCCUGGGAAGGUCCAGUCACUUGGCCGGAAGCUGUAAUUCAUAUACCAGCUCCCAUAUUCCUCACCACUUUGGGCAGAUUUAGAAAACUUAUCAAAUUAUGAAAUUAUCAAACUUUAGGGAAUCUUUAAAAAGAGAAAAUACUAUCAGUUUAAGAGGGUCCUUUGGGAAAAGUUGAGAGUUCUUAUAUUUGGAAACGAUUGUGAUCUCACACCUCCUUCUGCCCCCUUAUCUGAUAUGCAGAACAGUUGGAGACCAUAGUUUAAACAUUUGGAAGUAAAACAUUCUUAGUAUUAGGAAUAUGUCCUACGAAAUAUGCUGUCCCUUUAUUAAGGAUUUUCUGAGGACCUAGCUUCCAGUGGUCAGAGGAAUCUUGACCAUGGAAAAUACAGUGGCCUGCAGUCAGGAUCCGUGUCUUGGUCCCUCUCUGCACCCGCCUCCUGCCCCCUGUGACCUUGGGCAGCUCACCAGCACCCCCCACUUCCCCUCCACAUAGAUGACAAUCCAGUCCUCCCUACCACCAGCAGCACAGACUUUGCAAGCAGUGUUAGGGUAGAUGAUGUAGGUCAAAACCAGCCCAGCCUUGGCAAUUCCGUAUCAUUCUGCUGAACACAGCGAUGAAAGCUAUUUAUCCAAACAACCCUAGAGUUAGCAGAGCUAAUAAACCCAUCUUAUAGAUUAUGGAGCUGAGGCUCAGUUGUCCAAAGACUGUGACGCCUGGGGCCUACUCCAGAGUCCGUGCUUUUUCUGUUUCUGUGAUGAGCUGUGAAGUAAGAUACCCAGGGCUGGUAUUUUUCCCUCUGACAAUAAUUACUGGAUACCGGUGACCACGACAAUGCUUGGUUUGAGUAUGAAUUUCCCUAUCAUCCAGCCCUUUCUCUUACUUAAAAUUUUCCUUCCCUAAUGACCAGACACUAGGGUAUGGUCCCAUGGGAAAUGACCUAUUUCUCUGCCUAAGGCAUCCUCAAAGAACUGGAUGAAAUUUUAACCAAACGAAUUUCUUCUUUGUGGAUAAAAGCCAGGUUCUGGGGCGCCUGCGGGGCUCAGUGGGUUAAGCCUCUGCCUUUGGCUCAGGUGAUGAUCUCAGGGUCCUGGGAUCGAGCCCGGCAUCGGGUUCUCUGCUCAG